AUGACUGUUGCAGGGCCAAUUGUUUUUCGAGCCGAUUCUAGGUUUUUGAUUGAUUCAUCAUCUGGGAGACGUGGGCCACAAUUGGAGGAUUUCAUGUAUAGUUUAAGUUACUCUCUGAGGCUUCUACAUUCUGGGAAAGUGGUAGCAUGGUAUUCUCCAAAAAGAAAGGAGGGGAUGGUUGAGUUGCGCCUCUUUGAAUUCUAA